AUGGAGCUGCUGACAGAUUUUUCUAUUAAUAUAAUUGUUUUUAAAAUAGUUGACAAUUACACAUCAAAUACUAUUGAAAUCUCUGAAAAAGAAAAAAAAGCAAGAGCAUUAGAUAGCAAAACUUAA